AUGGAAACAAAUGCCCCACAACAGCCUGCCGGCGCAAAGCAGGCCGCCAACCAGGAUGAAGACGAAGCUUCAAAGAUCAAAAGGACACAAAUUGCGUGUUUGAAUUGCAGGAAGCGGAAGAGUCGGUGUUUGCUAGACUCGGACAACUCCAUACCGUGCCUUCGAUGCAAGCGCGACAACCUCGAAUGCGUGCUUGGUGGCAGCAAUCGCGGUGGGCGGCGCGAGCGAAAGAAGAAACGCGUUGAUGAAUCACAAUCGCAGUCAGAAGCGCAAACGCAGCAGCCGCUACCUGCGCUUACUGCGACUGCGCCCGAGGGAAGCUUCCAUACGCUGGGCAAUCUCGGAACGACAUGGUCGCAAGACCCAGGCGUACAACCGUUUGGUGAAGAGCUACAAGCAUCGCGGUCCGACUCCUCCAACACAGAUGAGCUUCCGUUCUCAAAUCUGCAGAACCCGUCAGAUGCGCUGGGCAUACUGGCUAGAGUUGCUGGAGAGUCGAGCUCGAAUGAAGAAAAUAAUGGGAGUGGGAUCACCAGCAGCAUAGGACAUGUGCGAGGCUCCUCUCUCAGCAUGCCCGCGCCACUGUCCUUCUCGUACCCGUUGCUAGACCGGGGGAUUCUCACAGUUCACUCUCUAUGCCAGCUGCUCGUUCGCUUUCAACAGCAAUACCAUCCAUAUUACCCGCUUGCACCGGCGCACGCAUUCGAAACAUCCAAUCUCUCACACAUGGUGAACAACGAGAAACACCUCCUCACGGCUAUCCUGCUUAUCGCCUCCAAAGAUCUCGUAGACGAACCACACAUUUACGAAGCCUGCUCAGAACACAUGAAGAGCCUUGUCUCAAUGUUAGCAGCCGGAGGCGAUGCGGGUAUCGAAGCUGUAGAGGCCCUACUUCUGCUAGCUGAGUGGGCGCCGUAUACACAGCGUGGCUCUGGCAAGGUCGGCAAAGGAGAGGAAGAUAAAGAGAGCUGGAUGCAUGUUGGUCUCGCCCUGAGGAUUGCCUACUUUCUUGCUCUAGACCGGUACUCGUUCCGCUUUGUGGACCAGGGCAAGGAUCCAGACCAUCACCGCAAACGCCUCAUUUGGACAGCGGCGUAUGUGUCAGAUCGCCAUAUCAGCAUCAGAAUCGGCAAAGCUUUCUGGUCCCGUGGACCUGGACCUUUGACAACAUUACGCAGAGAGGACUAUCCGUCGCUAAUCCCCAAAAGCCCAAACGAAGAAGACCAUGCUUCCAUCUUUCAAGCGAACCUCGAACUCACACAACUGUUCAGCAAUGUACACGAUACUUUGUACUCGAAUCCCAGUUCGAGCUUUCGAUCGCAGAUGAGCGGUAGCUACAUCAAGUUUAUUGAUGAUUUCCGCUCUGCAAUAUACGGCUGGAAGAGUGUAUGGGGUACACUGACGUGCUCUCCGCCGCUCAAAGCAUGUCUUCUUAUGUCGUACGACUACCUGCGUUUAUACACCAACGCCUUUGCCUUCCAGGCCACCGUCCUCCGAGCAUUGCCCUCUUCAUCUACAUCAACCGAUCCCGUAGCCGGUGCUCCAGCCAGCAACACAACGGGUCGUAUGCAAGUUCCCCAACGCGUGUUUGUAAACAACGUAGGCGCAGUAGGCGAUGCGCGUUUCAUCUACGAAGGCCUUGACGCCGCAAAAGCCAUUCUCACUACCGUGAACAACUUUGUCGAUCCCGAGCGUUCGCUGCGUUUCAUGCCAUUGAGGUACUAUCUCUACCUCGUAUAUGCAGGUGUCUUCCUCUAUCGCGCCCGCUGUACAGGCGUCAUCAGCGCCGAUGAAGAUCGCGCCAUCCGCGCCAUGAUCAACGAAACAGUCGCACGCCUCGAACGUAGCGCUGUCGGGGUUGGAGCUGGUAUCCAGCAUCCGGGCUCCCGGUACUCUCAGCUCCUCAAACUGCUCUGGGCAAAAGUGCCAAAGAAAGACAAGGCUAGUCGCUCUUCGUUCCGCCACCCUGGCACGCAUAUCGCUAGUAAUCCUGUUGAUCAGAAUGGCUUUCCACAGCAUCCGAUCGUUGGCGCCAGCCCACAGGCAAGUAGCAAUGGCACGGGUGAGAGUCCGGCGCUUACGGAACAAAUGGGAGAUUUCGGAUGGACUGAUCUAGGGGCCGUUAAUGAAUUUGCAGUACACGGUGGUGGGGGUAAUGCGCCUACGGAUGAUGCAGCCUUGUGGAAUGGCUUCUUGCCUCUUGAUAUGGGAUGGAAUGCUCAGGGUCUUGGGUUCGAGGGUAUGGGCUUUGACUCCAAUGAACUCGGAAUGUUGUUUUAG